GCCGGGCCAAGCCGGGCAGGGCCGGGCCGGGCUGGGCAGGGCAGGGCCGGCAGCUCCGCUGCGGGGAGCUCGCUCCGCCCUGCGCCGUGCCCGCGGGGCUUUCUGCCGGCAGCCAGCCGGUUUAUAAGGCGGGCAGGACCCGCUUUUUUUUUUAUCUCUCGGCUCUGCGCCUUCGUGCGACCCGGCCCCGGCUGGGACGGCGCUAGGGGGCCGCCCGAGGAGCGGCGGCGGGGACAGGUAACGAGGGAGCGGGGCCGGGGGGCUCUUCUCCAGCGCCGCGGUCCCUCCCGGCCGGCUCUUGACGGGAGCUUCCAGCGUGCUUUCUGCCGUAGCCUCCCCUUACAGGUGCGCUCUCCCUGCCGGCUCUGCGGAGAAGUUGCUCGUCCCCCAGGUUUUUUUCCUUCCAGGUCUCCGUCGGGAGAAGCCUUAGAGCCGGUAGGUUUGGAGGCAGGGCGUGCAGCGUCGUGCAGACCCCCCGAGGAAACUUUGGUCUGUCCCCCCGUGCUCUCCGCCGGGCUGCAGCCGCUCUCUGACGGUGACAGGACCGCAGAAAAAGCACCUCAGAGUGAGACAUAGCGCUUGGGAAGGCGACAGGCAUGGUGGCAGGGAAAAAGUGCUGGCUGGACCCCUCCAAAAUCUCCUGGGAAGUGCGCACGCUGAAGACUGAAAGCGAGAAGAGCGGCGGGGAGAUCCUGGUCGCCCUUCGGCUAGCUGGCAAGCAGCAGAAGUGCAGAGACUGUGGGACUUUUCGUGGGUGUGAAAAGUUGCACGGUACAGGCUGGGGUCCUGAAACCGGGCGGACUUGGUCCUGGCAACCCCGGUGGGGCUUAGGGAGGGGGGUGGAUGUGUCAUAGCGGUGACUUUUCAAUCAAAAGUGAUUUCCACUAGUGAUAAAUUCUCAGCGUGUUUACAACACAAUGUAGGAAAUCAGAGUGCUUGUUAUGCUGACCAAGAGAAUUUACAAAGUUAGGAUGGGUAUGAGAAUCACAAAUAUAGGUUUAUGCUCUUUCAUUGUCUAAGCCCAUCUUUUCCAGAGAGGAGAAUUGACGCCUUCCUUUUACUGGAAUGAUUUUCAAUGCCCUGAAGACUACUGAGAGAGCUCAUGUGUGAUUCUGAGUCCUGGGGCACACUGAGAAAAUUUGGCUUUAACUUUGGAAAAAAAGAAGGAAUACCUUGCAAUAGCCUUGUUUCAUAGCACUCCUUUGCUUAGUGAAAAUGUUUGUGUGUAUAUUUGUUUCAACAUUGAGCCUUUUGUCCCCUUAACUUUGUGAUUAUUUCUGUUGUUACCUGUAACAAAACACUGUCAGAGUUUCUCCUAGUAAUUAAGUGCUGCUUACAAAUCCAGUAAGCAAGGCGUACAGGAAAAAAAGUGCAAAAACUUAAAAGUUUUAGUGGCUUUUCCUGCUCUGAAGGCAGCAACACCUUUAUCAGAAUAGGGCUUUAGGUUAUCAUUGCUUUAUAUCUGCCAGGCAGACCUCGGGAUAGGACCCAAGACAAAUCCACGAUACUGCCUCGCCACUCCUUGGGUACAAACCAUCAUUGCUUUCGAAAUUCGAUUUUCAUUCUGAAAGGUGCUUCGUGCUACUUCAUCUCAGAACAGUCUCCAGGACAACUUUGCUCUUUGAAAAUAAAAUGAAUCUUUCCAGACAGAAGGAGUGUUCCUGGAAUACAAUUUGCACAAUAACACCAGGAAUUUGUGAAUAAUCUGACAGACCAGCCUGUGAUUUGCUGUCAUAAACUAGGUCGCACAGUUCAUCAUUCAUUGAACAGCCAGCUUGGCACAAGGUUAUCUCCACAGCUGACAAGCAGCUGUGUCACUCCUGAGAUCUCGGUAACAUAUGCAGUUGUUCCUGGCAUCACAGAUAAUUAAGAUUGAGGAAUGUAUAGUCCCAAUUUGUUUAGCAUCAAUCUGUGAUAGAUUAUCAAGUAAGUAAAUAUUUUCGGGAGUUUGCUUGAAUGGUGUUCUUUCACUUCAACUACUUAACUAGUUGUGUUUGUUUGUUUGUUUGUUUGUUUUUUUGGAGCGGGGUGUACCCUGUCCAGGUGGGGCACAUGCAUUUCCAUUGAGCCAGUGUCACUCUGGGUCUUAGAGAAGUCCAGCUGCAUUUUGUUCCCACAGUGGCAAUUUUGGGAUGACACAGCUCUGAGCACAUUAUCCUGCAAUGGAUGGAUUCUCCAGGCGAAGUCAUGGUUAUUUCACCUAGCAUUCAAGAUUGUAUUCUGCUUUAUAUUGUUCCGCUUACAAAUCUGUAACACUUUCUUUUCAUUGUUUUGGGCUUUCCCCAGACCAGGUUCAUACAACGUCCUGGGAACACAUGCUGCCUGACUUGUAGUCGUAUCUUCCUCACCGUGAAGUCAAGAGAUGCUUAAAGAUGAAUCUUGAUCAGUCUGGGUGUGCAUAUGUCUACGUAUGUGUAGUUACCUACUUUACAGCAGGAGUGGGGUGGUGGUGGUAGAAGUAGUCUCUUACAAAUGAUUUUUUCCUUCCAAUGCUACGUUCUGCAUCCUGUCUGUAUUUUGGUACUUGCAUCAUCCCAUCAUAACAGGAUGUAAGCACCUCACAGUCUGUUUUGCAGUUUUUCUAACAGCAAUUCUGUGUAAGUGUGGAUGGGAAAAUGAGGCUUGGAUGCUUUUUCUAGCUUCUGCAGAUCUCAGUUUAUUGAAGAUGUUAAAAGGUGCUUAGAAAUUGAGCUUUAAAUGACCCCGCAGAAGGGCUAUGGCAAAACAGGGUCUGCCAAGUGCAAAACCUACUCCAAACAUUGAAAUUCUGUUGGUUUAGGCUAUUCUUACUCUAAUGCCUCUUACAUUAAUAGUCCAGGUAAAGCCUAUGGAGACAGCACAUUUAAGCAGGUGGUGAUAUUUGGUCAGAUAUCAGAAAAACAGUCUCAUUUUUGGCUUAGCAUUCACCAGUCACCUUAGAAGAAUUUCUACAGAUGAAAAGACUUCUAUAAGUGCUACAUACCAUUACUUAGAUAACACAAGCAGGUAGGUAUCAGAAAAGUCUUAGAUAAACAUGAAAGAAAUGUAAAAUUGACAAUGACUUGCAGAUAUGUAAAAAAUAAGGGAGAGUACAUCAGAAUUCUAGCAUGUGUGCUAUCUAAAAGUGAUUUCUGUUUAAUUUGUUUCUGGACACCUAAGUGCACCAAUUUAUCAGAUACUUUUAUAAAAAAGACAAUAAUAAUCUUGAAUGUUUUACAUGUCAAAAAUGUACAUUGCAUAAUAGUGAUUUGCACAUCAACAAAAGCUGAGAUAGACAAUACUGAAUCAUGUACUUUCAGUAUAAUAGAAUGAAUCCUUAAAGUAAUUUGAGUGCAAUUACUUUAAAAAGUGUUUUAUCAAUAAAAAUGUAAAAAAAAAAAAAAAAAAAAGUUGAUAGUACCACAGUGGUGUCCCCAUUCUCACCAGUGAUCAGUAGUGGGACGUCUUCUCCCCUGAGAAUGGACAGAGAAGUUCUGGCCCUCUUUGGUCCCCCUUAAUUUCUCAGGAUAGGAUUUUGGUCAUAUGCAGAUAAUGAUCAGCCUUUGUGUCGGCCAUGAGCCCAGAAAUUAAUGAAUGCCAUCAAACUCAAACUGCUUCAUCACAUGUGUUUGUGUAUAUUUUUUUUCCCCUGAAAUUCCAAAUAUUUUGUGGUAUCUUAUUAAAAUGCUUGCUGCAUAUGACCUUUAUUACACCACAUCAACAACUAAUGACUAUAUCAAUAAUAGUUGAGUAUUUUAUUAACACAUGGUAAGUGUGAAGAACCUGAGCUAACUGUUCUCAUUGUGGCUGACAAACCACAGCUGAACAAGCGCACCUCUGCCUGUGGAGCAUGUUGCUGUGGAGUUAAACUGCAUGGUGGGGGGUAUAUGAGAUAAAAGUCUCAUGUGUAUGUACUUCAACUAACUUUUUUUGUUUAUUGGACUUUUAGAACAAACUACGUUGAUACUCUUCUUUGAUUUUGGAAAUAAAACUCCAAUAUUGAAGAAAACCAGAAUGAAGUUGCUUCUUUUCAGUUAUUCAGCAAAAUAUUACUAGUGCUUUCAAUGGUAAAUAACAGUGCAUAUGUUCAUUUCCUUUGCAGUUAAGCCAAUUAAACAUUUUUUAUUUCUCUAGUAAUACCUUGUAAAUAAACAUGUAGUUUUCAUGUCCAUGUGUAUUCCUGUUUUGGUGUUAUAGUGCUCUGCCCAUUGUUAAAUACUGAUUUUUAUUUUGGCUCUGAAGAUUUUCCCUCCACAUAGGUAAACAAUCACAUAACUAAAAGCAUUUUUUUUGUUUGUUUUCAUGUAUGUGGGUGUAUAUUCAUACAAGACCUUUCAUUAUUUACAUCACAUUGAGCUCAUAAUUUUUUCAAGUGAAACCUUCAGAUUUUCUUUGAUGCUGUCAAAUACUUCUUUUCUUUUAGAGCUGAUACUUUGUGCCCAGGCAGUGGACACCUCUCAGCCUACUGAUCCUCGUGACAAAUGCAAUAGCCCCUGCAUCACUUCAUUUAUGCCGUUUCACUCAAACUAGUAUGUUUUCGAAUCAGCAUAAGGAAGGUAGCGUGCUUCCCCAAAUAUUACCACUUUUAUAAAAGACAUUAAUAUUUAUCUUCCAACUAUUUAACGGUUACUUCUUAGGUAAACAAACAAAGAGUGCUUGUACUUUUCUUAUUUGUUAUACCUUGGAAUUUGUUUUUCCUCACUAAUUUCUAGACAUUUAGCACUGUCAUUUUAUGAGAAAGAAAAAGUGAAUGUGACACAGUAACUCAUAUCAGUGAAAAAUGUGCUGCAGGUUUCAUUCAGUUCUUGCUUCCACGGAUGCAAAUCAGGAGCGGUACAACUGCAGCAGGGCCACUUGGGUAUAGUAAGUAUAAAGCCAUCACAGUGUGGAGAAUUCGACUUUUUUUGCAGCUUGUUUGUCAGGCUGUGACAGAAGCAAGAGCAGUCUGAAAAAUAAAAAGGGACAGCUGUGUAUUAAGCAUCCAUAAAUAUUUUAAGUGUAGCUAAAUAUUGUUUAAAAUUUUUAGCGUAUUUCUUGAAGUUUAGGAGGCAAGACUACCUUUUUAUUUUCCUCCUUAUCUUCCCUCUUGUCACAGAGUAGUGGUGAGUUUACAGGAGCAAUUCAAAAAGCUGACACCUCCCCUCCCUCCUUUUUUUUUCCUUCUUUUUUGGCCUCCUUGUCUUCUUUGAGCACCAGGUGUUCUUUUCAGCAGUUAGGAAGGUGUAAUUGAGAGACAAGUGCCAUGAAUGAGACCGUGGAGCUGCCGACAGAUGGGAAUUCCCUGAUCAGAGCUGUCUACCAGAGCCGAUUGCGCCUCACCAGGCUGUUACUGGAAGGUGGGGCCUACAUCAACGAAAGCAACGACAGAGGUGAAACCCCUUUAAUGAUUGCUUGUAAGACGAAACAUGUGGAUGCCCAGAGUGUCUGCAAGGCAAAGAUGGUUAAAUAUCUACUGGAAAACAAGGCAGAUCCAAACAUACAGGACAAGUCUGGAAAGACAGCCUUGAUGCAUGCUUGUUUAGAAAAAGCAGGGCCUGAGGUGGUCUCUCUGCUACUGAAAAGCGGAGCUGACCCAGGCCUACAAGAUCACUCUAACAGCUCUGCGCUGGUGUACGCAAUAAACUCUGAAGACAAAGAGACCCUGGAAGUUCUUCUCAAUGCCUGCAAAGCGAGAGGAAAAGAGGUAAUCAUAAUCACAACAGACAAGUCUCCAUCAGGAAGGCAAACAACAAAGCAAUACUUAAACGUGCCUCCUGUGGACCUCAGUGAGCAUUGUUCCCCAGCUGCCUGCACAUCCCCAUCCGAAAUAGAACUGAAAACAUCUCCACCCCCACUUUCAAGCUCCAAUGAAACUAAAAGUGCACUCUUCAGCUUUAAGGAUCUGGACCAUCCCAGAAGCACAGACAACCCAUCUAAGUCAGUUUCACUGAGAAAUUCCAGUUCAACAAAUGCGGUUUCCAAGCUGGCACAAGUGCAGCGGCUGCAUUCCGAACCUUGGAUAAAGAGCUCUCCGCUGUUUCACCAGAGUAAAAUUGCCUCUUUACAUGGAGAGAUUCAGGAUGUAACUCCAGAAGAGCUCUCUUUUAAAAUCAAUGGCCUUGCCUUAUCAAAGAGGUUCAUUACCAGACACCAAAGUAUUGACAUAAAAGACGCUGCUCAUUUACUGAAAGCUACUGAUCAAACUGAAUUGAAGAAAUCAUCAUAUGAUGAGUUAAACUCUCAGAGUCUUUAUGGUGAAGAGAAGCUUUUCCCCAGUGGGAUUCCUGUGGGUGAGGAUUCCAGUUUAGGACAGAUCAGCUUCAUUUCAGACCUGAGCAGUAUUAUCCAGAAAAGAAAUUUAGGAGCAAAUCAUUACAGCUCUGAUUCUCAGUUAACUACUAGUCUACGUCCUGCUGCUGCAGAAGACAUUAAGUCAGUGAUAGGAAAGAAAAAGAUCACCUCUGCAUCUCACUCUUUGUUACCAAGUUCUAGAGAAUUAUAUGAGAGCAUGCCUCCUGUUCCCCUGAGCAGAAGAAAUCAGACUGUUCUAGAAAGACGGGGUUCAGGGGCUUUAUUACUGGAUCACUUUGCUCAGACAAGACCAGGUUUUCUUCCACCACUGAAUAUGAAUCCACACCCCCCAGUUCCAGAUAUUAGUUUCCUAAAUAAGGUUUCUGGGGUGAUUUCUUAUGGGCAAAAACAGUUACAACCAGCAGUAGCUGCUUCCUCUAGGGAGACCAAAAGUAAAAAAAUGCUACUAAGGAGGCAGUCAUUACAAACUGAACAGAUAAGGCAAUUACUGAAUUUUUAACAGGAGAAAUGAAGGUUUAUAAAAUCCUUACAAUAUGUACAUACUUGCCUAACUAUUUAACUGUUACACUUCUGAAAAGAUAGCAGGUCUGCAGCAUGAGGCUUUCUGUCUUGGAGUGAGUUAAAUAUCUUAGAUACUGCAUAAAAAGAUAGGCUUAACUACCUGUCUAACUAAGUGAUGCUGCUUUCUGUAAAUGGAAGAGUAUUUAUUAUAUUGUUUUCAUAAUAUUUUCAACUUCAGCAUUGAAACCUUGCCCACAACAGACUGAAUCUACAAAGGAUGUUAGGCACUGCAGUUCUCAUUUUUGGGCUAGAAAUAAUAUCCCUGCAAGGUUUCCCCAAAUACAUAGACUCUUUCUCCACCCAAAAAUGUUGUACAAGUGAAUUUUGGGAACUUGAAGCAUUUGGCUGUGAUGCUGGACAUCAAAGCGUGGCUGUGGCCAAGCUGUGCAGUAUCCACAGACCCCAGACACUGACAGUGUCACGCCUGUGCUACGAGCAUGGACAAGUGUCUGCCAGCAGCAUCUUCUGGCUCCAGUGGCUUCACUGCAUGUUAACAGGCAAUACAAAGACUAAGAAAAAAACUCACAGAGUACUGUUGCAUAUGUAGCUUCACACAUGAAAUUCCAAAGACUGGGAACCCAUUGGAGGUGCCUUGCUGCCCACCAGGAGUCAGCAGCUCUGAUCCUGAGAGCUGGACUUCAGCGCAUGACAUGUGGCAGCGAUCCAGCACGGAGCCGUGAAGGGGUUCUCUCUCAUCUGGUGUAAAAUGACCAAACCCUGCUUGCAGCCUCAGAUAGGCAUGUCAAUCAGUUUGGGUGUAUCAAACUACUUGAGUGCUGGAAUUUGCUCAUUUAAAAAAAAAAAAAAAAAAGGUGGGGUGGGGGAAGGCAGAGUCUCUAUCAGAACUGGGUUCUGUUGCUUUCUGCAGUUCCAGACUCUCAACAACCUGAUCUCCAGAACACACACAUCAUCCUUCUCCCCAGCCACAGGUCUAGGUGUCUUUUCAAGACAGGAUACAGAUGGUCGGAGACAGAUUUUGUCUUGGUUCGUGCUUAUGGUCGCACACCCAUGCCUGGGACAAGCUCUGUCUUGCUGCUCAGACAUUCCUAAAUAAAUCUGUCCAGCAGCUUGGAUACUUGCCUGGGCAUUCAAAGUCCUUAUUUUACCUAAUUUGAAGCAAAAGCCUGAAUUUGUUGCAAACCAGAAACAUACUUUUGCCUUCAAGGUAUUGUAUAUAUCUCUGUUUUUAAGUAUCUCUAUCUAAAAAGUGUUUUUCCUUCCCAUCUAGAGUUUUGUGACUUCCAAAAGUCUACCUUGUAUUUGUGCAUAUUCUGUAGAAGCUUGGUUUCUGGUAUCACAUGUAGUAUUUUAUAGCUUGUCUUCUAAAGAUUGAGAAAUAUUUAAUGUGCUCUGUUUUGCCAAAAUUUACCUAUAUAUAGGUAAAUAUAUAUAUAUAUAGUAUUGGUGUCUGUAUAAUGUGAAUUUCUGUGUAAUGAAAUGACAUACUCUUUUCUGAAAAUAGUCAGUCAUAUCUGCCUUCUUGCCACUUCAGUCAAAAUUCACCUGGUCUAUGAUGUUGCCUAAUAAGUAACUGUAAUGUUGUUUAGUUUUGUUCUCAGUAUAAGACAAUUUCAAGUAAGAUGAUAAAUAUAUUGUCUCUGUAAGAACCUUUGGAUGUGAAAAUAUAAAAAUGUCCUAAAGUUCAUAAUGUACUUAUUUUGAAGAAGGAAGCAUGGAUUAUAGCUCUACUCUUACAUCACUGUAUGUAAAGUGCUGGUCUGAAACUACAAAUUUAAAAAAAUCAAUUUUGCAACACCAAACCCUUCAGACAUCUAGAUUCUAGGGAAUAAGCAAACAUGCAAAUCUGUAUUGCUAUUGUCAAAAUUAAUUCUUCUACACAAAAUACAGGUCUUGAAAGUCAUCAUGUCCUUUACUGUCCUUCCCCUACAGCUCUGCUAACCUGGGAUGCAUAGCACUGGUGACAGCAGAGGAGCCCCAGAGUAACUGCACAAUCCUACCACAUUUUACUUAAUCAGUUAUGAUUGUCACACUGGUUUAGUUUCUUACCCAUCAGGAGUAACCACUUCAAGUCACAAAAAUUUGAUGGCAACUGGGGUAUUUUAAAAUUUAUUUGUUUAUUCAUUGGUUAGUUAGUUAGAGAAGGACUUUUCGGCUAUUGGAAGACUUGCUUAUUUAUGGACUGUAUGGCCAACCCUAGUCUCUGCACAUAAGCAACAAGUGUUCUCUGGGUUUCAGACAAACAAAACACCACCACCAACAAACCAACCAACCAACCAACAAACAAAAAACACGCCCCCCCCCCCCCCAAAAAAAAAAACAACACUAAAACUCAGGUGAGUUUGCAUAGCUAAACAUUCAAACCUGAGAAGUUACACUUCACUUAGUAACAGCUACUAGCUGCUGGAGGACGUGGUGAAACUGGAGGAGCCUUUGGUUCCUUUCAGGUUCAGUCUGAAAAACAGCAUUGUACUUCAGCAGAUGCUAUUGGAUCAACCUCAGCAUGUACAUGGUAGAUACAAGGAUUACGUGUAAAACUUGUUAGAAACCUGAUUUCUGCUGUGUCAGUGUUAUAAUUAUGUGUGUGGGGGUUACUGCUUCCUGAAUAGAAAUAGUAAUUUUUACAAAUUACUCAGAUGACGGAAGGAAAUGCUAAAUGUCUUGAGGAGUGAAGUCUUUUUGUCAUGUUGCCAGUAUUUUGUGCCUAACUUUAAUGCAAAAGUAAUGUGAAAAGUUAACAUCAGUGUUUACUGUUGCAGCAAUGUUACAAGUGACCUUAGAUGGAAAAGCACUCCAGUCAUAUUUAAUUGCUUUUGUUCUGAUGCAUAAAUAAAAGUUAUUUUUUU